CUAGCAACAGCUAGCAUUAAGAGACUUAAUUUUAAAAGAUUAAGAGAUUUACUGCCAGCCUUUAUUUAGGUCUUAUAUUCUCUAGACUUUAUCCAACUUUUUCAUGAUGUUGAAGGCCACUGUGCUGGCUGUGUGUAUGCUACUAGCUGAAGUGAGGGCAUACGAUGGACCAUCAUAUGGGGUGAAACUGUGUGGUCGUGAAUUUAUCCGAGCAGUCAUCUUUACCUGCGGAGGCUCACGCUGGAGGCGAUCCAUCACAACCGCAGAUGACCUGAAUCUAGACCUGUUUGGCUUAGACAUCAGAGAUACUGCAGAAGGCUUGGUGCUGCCAUCUCACCCAAAGUUCUCCCUCCAGCAUAAUACAGAACCCGGGGCUCUUGAAAUGGUGCGAGGAGGACAGGAAGCCUCUGAGUUCAUUCGGCCUGCCCGCUCCAUUAUCUCAGAUGAAGUACUGGAAGCCCUGCGCACCUCCAGCAGGAAGGGUCGGGAUGUGGUAGUAGGACUGUCCAAUGCAUGUUGCAAAUGGGGCUGCAGCAAGAGCGAAAUCAGUUCCCUCUGCUGAUACCAAUCAUGCCAACUCCUGUUUGUGAUUGUGUGGGUGUGUGUAUAUUCCUUCCUGUUUUUGGAAAAUCAUAGCCUAUUAUUUUGCAUGAAUCUAGAUUAACAUUUUUCCACAAAACUUUUAUUUCUAUCAGUCUGUAUCAGGACAACAAAUGUUACAUUCAGUUGUAUUUUAUUGUUUUUGUUAACUAAAAUCUUGAAUAAAGACUAUGUUAAAUCA